CGUUUACAUAACGCCCCACAAUGCUCCUCGCUCCUCCCAAAGUGGCCCCUGAAGCCCAUUCCCUGGGGCCAGAACUGGGGUUUCGGUGGAGUCAGCUGCCCAAGGAAGGUGGGCACCGGCCUGCAGGGUGCAGCCAAAUCUAAAUGUGAAAUAGGGCCGCGCUGCCUCUCACUCUUAGUACAACCAGCAUUUGAGGGCUGAUACAAACAGCCCCGUGCUGCUGCAGGCCCAGCCUAGCCCCUAGGAGAGGAGGAGGAGAUGGAGAAGGGCAAGGGGACAACUAACAGGAUGGCUGGUGCCACCUCAGCUGACGUAAAGAUGAGUAGCUCAGAGGAAGUAUCUUGGAUCUCAUGGUUCUGUGGGCUUCGUGGCAAUGAAUUCUUCUGUGAGGUAGAUGAAGACUAUAUUCAGGACAAGUUCAACCUCACAGGGCUCAAUGAACAGGUGCCCCACUAUAGGCAGGCACUAGACAUGAUCCUCGACUUGGAACCUGAUGAGGAGUUGGAGGACAACCCCAACCAGAGUGACCUGAUCGAGCAGGCAGCUGAGAUGCUAUAUGGACUGAUUCAUGCCCGCUACAUCCUCACAAACCGUGGCAUCGCCCAGAUGUUGGAAAAAUACCAGCAGGGAGACUUUGGCUAUUGUCCCCGUGUAUAUUGUGAAAACCAGCCCAUGUUGCCCAUUGGAUUGUCAGACAUACCAGGUGAGGCCAUGGUGAAGCUGUACUGCCCCAAGUGCAUGGAUGUUUACACCCCCAAGUCGUCCAGGCACCACCACACAGAUGGUGCUUACUUUGGCACUGGCUUUCCCCACAUGCUCUUCAUGGUGCAUCCUGAGUACAGGCCCAAACGGCCUGCCAACCAAUUUGUGCCCAGGCUGUAUGGCUUCAAGAUCCACCCUAUGGCCUAUCAACUGCAGCUUCAGGCAGCCAGUAACUUCAAGAGCCCUGUCAAGACCAUCCGCUGACAUGUCUCCUCCCCUCCCCCCAACACCUCAGGCUGUGACAUCAUUUCCCCUCCCUCCCAAUACACACACCUUUCCAGAACCCCUAAUGGUUUUUAGUUUAAAUUAAGAAGAAGUCAAUAUUGUGGUGGUGUGGUGGGAGUAUGAAAUAAAGUGGAGGAAAAGGCA